AUGUCUCAGAAAAGACCUGUAGAUAUUGAGCUAAAGCCAAUGUCUUCUAGAACAUACCCAGAUGAGCCUCCAUCUCCUGAACACACAAUAAUUGAAGAAACAAAAUCGCCAACCCCUAUUUAUACACCUCCCCCGCCUCCUCCUAUUUUUAAUCAGCCUAAUCCUCUAAAUCCAGCUCCCCGUCCCCAAUCCCAAACAUUUACUCCACAAAUGCAAUUUCCUCCUAAUAACUUUUCAGGUCAGCAAGGCACAAUUAAAUGCGCAACUUGCAGCUUAGCAAUGGCCUUUCCAAUUGAAGCUUAUUUUGUAACAUGUCCAGCAUGCAGAAAUGUGACUGCAACUAAACACUUAAUUCCAAUGGUCUGCACUUACUGCCAGGUACGCAGCUAUUUCCCAAUGGAGGCUGAAACGGUGAGAUGCCCAUGUGGAGCGAUUUAUUCAAAUCCUUAUAGAAGAUAA